AUGUCAAAGGGACCUAUCAUGAAGGACCCCAUCUGUCUGGUGGAAAACUACAAAAAUGAUCUGAGAGUAAAUCGCAAAGCACUGAAUAUUCUUGAGACUAUAUCUCAGCCAGUGGUGGUGGUGGCCAUUACAGGGCUAUGUAGGACAGGUAAAUCCUACCUAAUGAACCGCCUGGCUGGACAUAACCGUGGUUUCCAGCUGGGUUGCACAGUGAAGGCUGAAACUAAGGGCAUCUGGAUGUGGUGUGUACCUCAUCCCUCCAAGAUAGACCACACCCUGAUACUUCUGGACACUGAGGGCCUGGGCGAUGUGGAAAAGGGUGACUCCAGAAAUGACUCUUGGAUCUUUGCACUGGCCGUUCUUCUGAGCAGUGUAUUAGUCUACAACAGCAUAGGAACCAUCAACUACCAAGUCUUGGAACAGCUACACUAACAUUCCAACUACGUAGUUGAAUUAGCAGAACUAAUCAGAACAAAGUCUUGUCCAAGUACUGAAGAAUUAAAUGAUUCAGUGGAGUUUGUGACUUUCUUUCCAGACUUUAUUUGGGCUUUACGGGAUUUCAAGUUGAAGUUGGAGUCAAAAGGACAGAGUAUCACUGAAGAUGAGUACCUGGAGAAUGCGUUGAAAUUGGUUGAAGGUGAGGAUUCAAAAAUUAAACGUUCCAAUGACUCUAAACAUUCUAUCAGGAUGUUCUUUCCCAAAAGGAAAUGCUUUGUUUUUAAACAACCCACAAAAGAUGAUGAUCUAUUGCUCAAUCUUGAGGAAGCAUCAGAACACCAAUUGGAAUCAAUUUUCCAGGACCAAUGCCAAAAUUUCUGUUCUUAUAUCUUCACAAAUGCAAGACCCAAGACCCUAAAAGGUGGAAUCAUUAUCAAAGGCAGUGGACUGGCUGUUCUGGUUGAUUCCUAUGUGAAUGCUAUCAAUGUUGGGGAAGUUCCUUGUUUGGAAAAUUCAGUGGCACUCCUGGCCCAGCAGGAGAAUGCAAUGGCUGUGCAGAAGGCAGUUGACCACUACAGUGAGCAGGUGACGCAGCAAGUGCAGUUCCCCACAGAAUCACUUCAGGACCUGCUAGAUGUGCAUGCAGCCUGUGAGAGAGAGGCCUUUGCAAUUUUUAUGGAGCACUCCUUUAAGGAUAACAAAAGGAAGUUCCAGACAGAGCUUUUGAGCAUGAUAGAGGAAAAAAAAGAGGCCUUCUUGCUUCAAAAUGAGGAGGCAUCUUUCAAACACUGCGAGGAUGAACUUAGAAAGAUUUCAAGAACUCUGAUGGAAAGUAUUUCAAAAGGAAUUUUCUUUGUACCUGGAGGACACAGUCUCUACUUAGCAGCGAAGAACAAAGUUGAGCAGGACUAUGCAUUGGUACCCAAAAAAGGAGUUAAGUCAAUGGAGGUCCUCCAGGGCUUCUUGCAAUCUCAAGAAUCAACAGAGCAAGCCAUCCUUCACGCAGACAAAUCCCUCACCAAUGCAGAGAAACGUAUAGCAGUUGAACAGGCCCAAAAUCAAGCAUCUAAGAAGAAAAUGGAUCUGGUGAGAAAGAGAAAUAAAAUGGAGGAGCAAAAAGCAAAGGCUCUAGAAAAUACUCUGAAGGAAAACCUAAUCCAAGUGAAGAAGAAAUUGGAGGAAGAAAUGGAAAUAAAAUUGAAAGAGCUGAAAAUAAUUCUGGAACACUUGCUGAAGAAUCAAGAAAAACUACGUACUGAAGGGUUUACAAAUAAGUCUGAAGAAAUGAAUAGGACUAUAAAUCAAGUAGAAGAAAAUAUUACAAGCAUCCAAAAUAAUUGGCUUAAAGAACUGAAGUCCAUGCCUGGCAUGUGUGAGGCCCAUAGUUAUCUCUGGUACCACAGCCUGAUGGCCCCAACACUGGGCGAGACCAGACCCUGGGCUGCACGACUAGACCCAAGCAUUGAACCAUCUGUUCUGCACAGUCAUGCAGAUAGUUUAUGGGGAGAGCUGAAAGAAGUCAACACAAAACAUGUGCUGUUGCCCCAGGCCACAGAGGAAGACACUCCAGAAGUAAACCUUGUCCAUAAGACCUGUGGUUGA